AUGGCCGCGCAGAACGGUGGCAAGUCUGCCGAAAACUUGUUGUUCAACGAGUGCUCGUUCGCAUUUGUACCAAGUAGCACUCUCACUCGAAACACAAUUGAUUUGUUGAAAGGCACCGUCGAGAAGUAUGGCGCCGAAGUUGUUGGUCGAGGCGAGGAUGGUUCGAUCCCCGUCUCUGAGUGCACUCACAUCAUUGCCGACAUGAUUGAUUUUCCGGAGUACGAUGAGGCUAUGGCCAUGAUGGUUCCUGUCGUUGUGCCUGAGUGGGUCAACGCCUCCCUUCACAAGAACCGCCAGGCACAGAUCCGACCAUACUCCCCGGAUCCGCGUCUGAUAUUCUCCAAUGUCGUUCUGACAUCUGACGAGAUACCACUCACCGACAAGGAGACAAUUGCUGGUGCUGUCCUUGCUAUGGGCGGCAUGGAAUCCAAAGAUCUUGGCCGCCUGACCACUCAUAUCUGCGCCCUGUCGAUGGACGGCCCCAAGGCCAAGUUGGCCGCACACAAGAACUUUCGAUGCAAGAUUGUCCUGCCACACUGGUUCGACGACUGCUUCCGUUUAGGAAAGAGAAUAGACGAAGGCCCCUACCUGCUUCCAGACCCCGAGAUACUGCGGGCAGGCUCCAACGAUGCUGUUGCAAUCCCGUCGAGCCAACACCUCGACGGAGCAGCCUCGGCUCGCCCCGAUCGGCCGCCAAUGACUGCACACUACCAAGCAGGAGCCCGUGAGAAGUUGACAGUCUUCCAGAACAAGAAUGUUGUCUUGUCCUGGGACCUCGGCAUCAACGAAAAGCUGCGAAAGACCCUACAAGGCCUCAUCCAGGAUGGAGGAGGCACAGUGGUCGAUACGGAAAGUGAGUGCGAUUGGUUCGUGUGCCAAUACCGUGACGGACCUGAGUACAUUAGAGCCGCCCAGCAGGGCAAAGAGGUCGGAAACCUGGCCUGGCUAUACCACCUCAUUAUGCACAAUCAAUGGACGAAUCCGCUUAGGCGUCUCUUGCAUUAUCCCGUUCCUAAAGAGGGUAUUCCGGGAUUUCGAGGCCUCCGGAUCACACUCUCCAAUUACGGGGGCGAGGCACGCAUUUACCUUCAAAAUCUGCUGCGAGCUGCUGGUGCCGAGCCCACCGGCUCCAUGAGGCAGGACAAUACGCAUCUUAUUACUGCACGCAAGAGUGGCGAAAAGUGCGAGGCCGCAGCUGACUGGAACAUCCCCAUGGUGAACCACCUGUGGAUCGAGGAGAGCUACGCAAAGUGUGAGGUCCAGGCCCUGACAGACCCUCGCUAUAUCCACUUCCCUCCACGGACGAACCUGGGCGAGAUCAUUGGCCAGACUCCAUUCGACGAGUCGAGACUCCACGAGAUGUACUACCCCGGCGGAGAUGAUGACAUGGACGCUGUGGCUCGCCGCAAGAGAAAGAUUCAAGACUUGGUCAAGGAGAACGGGUGUACGCACGGUCCAGCAGCCGGAUUGGUAAUCGGGAGACAGAAACACCCGGAGUUUGAUGUGAUGAAGGAUGAUGAGGCCGAAUAUGCUGCGAAGACAACCAAGACAUUCGGCGUGCCAGCGCCUCCGAAGAAAAAGACAAAGGCUCAAGCGAGUGCCACGCCGGUUAGGACUCGACAUGCACUUGCUGGAAAAGAGAAUGAUACAUCAUCUGUUUUCUCGAGCGGCAGCCGAAGUGCGAAAGCCUCAGCACUUAACAAGCUACACAACUUGGCCCCAGACAUCGCGUUAUAUGAAAAGGAGCGCAAGCGAAAAUCCUCCGGCAAUACACCGUUCGGCGGUAAGCGUGCCACGAACCUUGUCGAGCAAGAACGGGAGAAAGAGCGGGAGAAGAAGGCACAGGAGAAGGCGCGAUCUUCAAGUCCUACCCGUGACCAGCCGGACGAUGACGAGGAUGAGGAUGAGGAGGAAGAGGUAGAAGAUAAGCGGCCAGCCAAGAGACAGAAGCCCUCAUUACCGCCAGUGGACAUGCGCAUCAUCUUGACGGGCUACCAGGGAUGGCUAAACAACUUGAAGAAAGAGGACACAGACAAGCGGAAACUACGCAGCAUGGGGAUCCAGAUCGUACAUGAGAAUGCGGCAUGUGACUAUCUCGCCGCACCACACAUGGUGCGCACUAUAAAGUUCCUCCGCGCUCUGGCGCGUGGCCCAGAGAUCAUCAACUCUAGCUUCAUCGAUGCCUGCCUCGAGGCCGGCGAGCGCGUUGAUGUCAACAAGUACAAGCUCAAAGACAAGGCCAACGAGGCCAGGUUUGGAGUCAAGCUUGAGAAGUCCAUCGCCAGAGCGCGCGAGAACAAGGGCCGUCUUCUGUGGGGUGUCCCAAUAUAUUGCACCAAGGACAUCAAGAGCGGCGCCGAGAGCUAUCGGCCGAUUGCGGAGGCGAACGGCGCCAUCUUCAAGACGUACACCGGGCGUGGCGCGUCGACCAUCAAGCCUACCAACCCGGAGGAGGAUUCACAGGGGCCUGAGCCCGUGUACCUCCUGACGUCGAGUAGCAAGGCGGAGCGAGAACUGUGGCCAAGGUUCGAGAAGAUGGCCAGGGAUGGGAACAUGGAGCCGAGGGUUGUGUCCUCGGACUGGCUGCUGCAGGUGGCCAUGAGCCAGGAGUUGAAGUUUGACAAGAAAUACCUGGCGGCAAAGUUCUUCAAGGGGAACUAA